CACGUCCCUCACGCCGACGGAUUACGUUGCCGCGGCAUGCUAUCCAUCAAGCUCAUCAAUAACACUGAGUAGCGUCACCCAUCCCCAGCCCUCGGGAAUUGUUGAUCCGACGAUGACGCCUACGUCAGCACCUGCAACAUCAGCACCUACGGGCCCCAACAAUUCUAUAGCUAUGAGUCAACUUGGUACCGUGUAUGCUACGAAACGCCGCAGGAGAAAUGGCAAAAGUUUAAAACCACCUCAAAAGGAUGGAGUUACCAAAUCGAAUCCCAGCAAACGACAUCGAGAAAGGUUAAAUGCCGAAUUAGAUACAUUAGCAUCACUACUACCUUUCGAACAAAAUAUCCUAAGCAAAUUAGAUCGACUCAGUAUUCUCAGACUUAGUGUUAGUUAUCUUCGUACCAAAAGCUACUUCCAAGUUGUGAUGCAUAAGGACAAAGAGGAAAAUUCUCAUCGAGACACUCACUAUCGAGCGAGAGAAAUGGCUGCACUUGCAGCUUAUGAUCAUCAUCAUCUGGAUGGUGAAAUGUUUUUACAGGCACUGAAUGGUUUCCUGUUGAUACUCACUUGCGAUGGAGAAGUCUUUUUUGCAACACACAGCAUAGAGAACUACCUUGGGUUCCAUCAGUCUGAUAUCGUCCAUCAAAGUGUCUAUGAGUUAGUACACAGUGAAGAUCGUGAAGAAUUACAACGACAACUGAUGUGGAACUCAUUUUUACCAACGGAAAAUGCAAACCUUCCUCUUCAUGAUGUUCUCUCGCUUCAGCAUUGUCAUCUUUUAGAACGAAGCUUUACUGUUCGCUUUCGUUGCCUUCUAGACAAUACUUCUGGAUUCCUGAGAUUAGACAUAAGGGGAAGAGUUAAAGUUCUGCAUGGUCAAAAUAGAAAAACUGAAGAACCUCCACUAGCUUUAUUUGCUCUUUGUACGCCAUUUGGACCACCAUCAUUACUAGAAGUACCUCAAAAAGAAGUAAUGUUUAAAAGCAAACAUAAAUUAGACUUUGCCCUGGUGUCAAUGGAUCAAAGAGGAAAAAUGCUACUUGGUUACACUGAUGCUGAACUAGCUAAUCUUGGUGGUUAUGACUUAGUACAUUAUGAUGAUCUAGCGUACGUUGCUAGUGCUCAUCAAGAACUUUUGAAGACAGGUGCUUCAGGAAUGAUAGCUUAUAGGUAUCAAAUGAAAGAUGGUGGUUGGCAGUGGCUUCAAACGAGUUCUCGCUUGGUUUAUAAGAACUCAAAACCCGACUUUGUUAUUAGUACACAUCGACCUCUUAUGGAAGAGGAAGGUCGAGAUUUAUUAGGAAAAAGAACAAUGGACUUUAAAGUAAGUUAUUUGGAUGCUGGUUUGACCAAUAGUUACUUCUCAGACAAUGAGAGUUUAACAGGAUCAUCGAUGACAUCGACGCUACCAUCACAACCAACACCACAACGAGUGAAUCGACGGUACAAAACGCAACUACGUGACUUUUUAUCGACAUGUCGGAAUAAAAGAACUAAGCUCUCUAAUCAGUCUUCAGUGUCUCCACCAACAACGCCUACCGUUGCUUCUGUUGAUUAUUUAACAGCCGAUUCAAGUACUGCUGCAGCAGUAGCUGCAGCUUAUAACAACCUUAAUACAAUGUAUUCAACUCCAUAUGCCCCAGCAGCAGUUGCUACAGCUCCAGAUCCUUCACUGACUACUUACAUUGGACACACGGGAAACUAUCAUCAAACUUUGUAUCCUGCGGCAGCUCUAGACAAUCGUUACUUGACUGCGACGGAAAAUUUAUUCCAAUACCGCCCAUUAGGAUCUUACUAUCCUGAGUACCACACAACGACUGCGUAUAAUGGUUUUAUUGAUGUAUCCUUGCCAACUUAUGAUGCCCAUCAGCUCACUAGUAGCAAAACUGAAGAUCGAUUAUAUUGCCAGCAACUCUCGGAAUCACCUAAAUACAGUUAUGUAGAUACCAGACAUUCAAACAGUGUCAGCGGCUCACCCUACGCAUCAAGCCCUGUCACUGGGACGCCCUUACAUCAAAACACAGACAUCAAUGUUGUUCGAACCGGCAGUAGGCACUCCCUUGAAGGUGCGUCCUCUAGUAACUCUGCUGGUAGUUCACCAGUAACAGCUGCAAAUGGAGUUCGUACUCCCAAGAUGGAAGACGUCAAACCAGAAGUAUACAAUAAUGAAGCACCUAGACAAACGGUUCUCAUGUGGGGACCACCGCCUUCUCGAACUCCACCCAGAAAUAAUGGAAGUUACAGUCCACCCACACCUCAUUCUACGCAUUCGUCGCACAGUAACAACACUACUAAUUCUACAAAUGUUAAUAAUGAUCCCCUUAAAUCACUUGCUGAAAUGAACUCAAUUAAUGGUGAUUGCAAGUGGAAACAAACCUCACCAACAGGCCAAUCUACAGCACCCAGUUCACCGCGAGGAAAGAAUCAUCAACAUCAGCAGCAACAACAGCAACAAUAUCCAGUCACAACAGCCCACUAUGGAGCUUCUGCUGGUUAUUCGCAUUCUCACCAGAGUCACGCUCAUGGAGAGACCGGCGCCGAGGUAUGGCAAGGAGUGCAACAUCACCAUCACUACCAGUACUAUCCCUACCACCAUCACCACCCCGCACCACCAAGGCACACGCCCCACACAUCUCCAUCGCCAGUGGGAACGGAGACAGUAUCGGUAACCGGCACGGGCAUGGACAUGGGCCAGGAACACAACAACAACAGCACCUUAUAUCAUCCCUCGCAUCAUCACACGGCAUCAUCAGUUGCCACAAUAAUGCCAGCUGCAUCACAGAUACCAAACCGGACGCCGGGAGUCCUUUGUUGUCCAUCUCUGAGGUGACCAAUACUCUGCUCAACCAAUAACUCCAUAGUAGGAUCUUCGUAUUAUUCCAAGGAUGAAUACAACGAAAAAAAUCUAUUUGACUCUCUGACGUGCAUUACAUGUGAUUAAUUAUAAGACAUUUAAUAUUAAAUUAAUACUAUGGGACAAUGAUAGUUUGGUUUGUACAAUAUGAACAAAUAUGAAUUGUUAAGCUGAUAUAGUUUUAUAAUAAAUUCCUUUCUAUGCUUGGGCAUAUACAUAGAGAACUCCUGUAAAAAUCUAGCAGGAAGUGACAAAGAAUAAUGUAAAAUUGAUAAUAUUAUUUAGGAUCAAUUAUUUAAAUGUCAAAAAACAAAUGUGGAAUACCUUUUAGAUAAAUAUGUCACAUUUGAUUUAUUCUUUGGAAAAAAGAAAAUGUACAAGAGUUGAUUAGAGCCAAUUUUCAGUGACAUUUAAUUGUCGCAUUGCGGAAUAAUUUUGUGUAUAAUAUACUAUGCUUGUAUAAUUUUCUACAGAAAAAUACGUAUUCUGUGAUAUGUGUUAGAUAAUUAAAACACAAUAAUCGUCAGAGACGUACAUAAUUGUAAUAUUUAUUAGUGUGAAAG